GGGAGUGGGCUAGUGCUGGGCGAGAGCGCAGGCCGAGGGAGAGCGAAGCGAGCGGAGCCGGAGUGCGGCUCAGGUGGGCGAGGAACCGGGAUGUCGUCCUCUUCGUGGCGCUGCUCCUCCACCUCCUCGUGGUCCUGCUCUUCUUCUUCCUCGGAGGAGGAGGAGGAGGCGGCGGCGGUGGGCCUGGAGCGGUGCGGCUGCUGCCUGGCGCUAGAGGCCGAGGGGGGGCGGCGGCGGCGGGGCCCCCCUCCCUCGCCCAGCACCGCCUUCCUGCGCCUCUUGCGCCAGAGGCCCUUCUGCCGUCGGAACCUGGACGCGGCCAAGCUGGGCCGGAUGCUGUCGCGACAGGGCUCGCUGGAGCCCGUGGUGCGAGACCCCGGAUUCCUGCGCGACCAGGGCCUGUGUGGGCGAGGCGUGGACCAGACCCUCCUCUCCAUCCUGCUCUUCUUCCACAGCGCCUCUGGGGCCAGUGUGGUCGCCAUCGACAACAAGAUCGAGCAAGCCAUGGAUCUGGUCAAGAACCACCUGAUGUUCGCAGUGAGGGAAGAGGUGGAGGUCCUGAAGGAGCAGAUCAAGGAGCUUGCCGAGAAGAACUCCCAGCUGGAGCGGGAGAACAGCCUCCUGCGCAACUUAGCCAGCCCAGAGCAGCUCCAGCGCUUCCAGUCCUGCCUGCCACUGGAGGGGUCUCUGUCACCCCCGCCCUCGCCGACCUCUGCCGCCCUCCUGGCCUCUGCGGAGAAGCAAAGCGCCUUGGGGCCGGGGGCCGUUCCAGGGCAGCACCAGGCGGGCUCUGCGGUGUAAGGUGGCUCUGUCCAAGGGGUGGGCAGAGCCACAGGACGCUUCCUCCUUGACCUCCGCGGAAGGGGUCUUUUCCUCUUCUCCUCUGGAGGACCCCAGGGCUGUGCGGUGCCCUUGUGUGGGUCAGCCAGAGACUUGUCUCCCGCACCGAAGAAGGCGCCUGGGGUCGCCGGUUGCGUUUGCAUGCCUGCAGAAGCAGGGCCUUGAGGGUGCCCUCAGCCUCACGUCUUCCCUCCUCAGGAGAGACCUGCCAUCGGGGCAAACAGACUGUUCAAACUGGAAUGAGUCGCUGGUUGAUGUGGGUUUGUUUUACGACCAAAAGGACCUCUUCAACUUCCCCCUAAGUUUUUCUGGAAAGGGGGGCACCUCAUGGGUGUUGUGUUAUUAUUAUUUUGUACAGCACUUAGUGCCAAACAUCUUUCCAUCUGAAUACUGAAUGAUGUACCGAAUGCAAGGACUUGGACUGAACAGAAGCUUUUUGGUGCCAGUUGUGUGGCACAGCGGGACUUUUGCCUGAAACGGUUCUGUCCUGCUGCAUUUUGUUCAGAGACAACCUCCCUCUCUGCAAUAGAAAAGGGGAGUUCUCCUCCCCUUUGCCUUUCUAAAGCCCGGGGAGGGACUUUGGACCAAGAACAGGACGAAUGGAAGACACUCAGCAAAAGGGACUGAUGGGGUGGGAGGGGUGCAGGAGAAGCAAGGCGGAUGGGGGUCUGGCUUGGGGAGCAGCCCCUUCGCUGCUCCUGCUGCAUUGCCGGGGGGGGGGGGGGGCUUUGCUUCUUUUGACACACACUCUCGCGUUGAUGGUGUAAUAUUUUGAGAAACUGUAAUAAAAGUCUACAUUUUUAUAUAA